UGUGUUGUUUAUUUUGAGAUAAUUUUUAUUUUUUGAGCAGCGGUGCUUUUUAUCGUCUCUUGAAUGAAACAGAAUUACGAUCAAUUGAUGAAUUUUUCAUCAAUUUUUUCGCCGGAAAUUAUCAUGCCAUGAUUUAAUAGUGUUCUAAUUAUUCAUUGUUUCUUGUACCGUGUAAAAUGGUUCAUAUUUCAUACUGAGUUUCAUGCGUAUCAAGUGAAUACAUUGAGAGAAUCUUGUAACACUUUUCAUCCUUUCUUUCUCGCUAGGUUGAAAUAGAAAUACAGGUAUUUCUAAAAUGCCGUGGUGGUACUAUGAUAAGAAAGAGCUGAGAACUACGCCUUCUUCUAAAGAUGGUAUAGAUUAUGAAUUGGAGUGCCAAUACAGAAAAGAAGGCGCUCGAUUCAUUAUUGAAACUGGUAACAAGAUGGAUCUAGGUUACAACACCAUGGCUACUGGAGUGGUAUACUUUCAUAGAUUUUACAUGGUCCAUUCCUUUACUGCCUUUCCGAAAUAUUUGACCGCUUGCUGUGCCUUAUUUCUGGCUGGAAAAGUCGAAGAAACUCCGAAGAAAGCCAAAGAUAUUAUUAAAAUGGCUGAGAAAUGUUUACCAUCUACAGAGUUCGCAAAAUUCGGCGAAGACCCAAAGGAAGAGUUGCUCGUUCUUGAAAGGAUACUUCUUCAGUCGAUCAAGUUUGAUUUACAAGUUGAUCAUCCCUACGCUUUUCUAUUGAAGUAUGCCAAAUCGUUGAAAGGUGUUACGAGUGAACGACAGAAAAUGCAAGACGUGCUACAAAUGGCGUGGACUUUCGUUAAUGACAGUCUAUGCACAACUUUAUGUUUACAAUGGGAGCCCGAAGUAAUAGCCGUCGCGAUGUUGUAUUUGGCUGCUAAACUCAGUAAAUACGAUAUAAAUAAUUGGGUCGGCAAAACUGCAAAUCAAACGAGGUGGUGGGAAAUGUUUGUUAAUGGCGUCACGCUCGAACUUCUUGAAGAUAUAUGUCAUCAAGUGUUAGAUUUGUAUUCUCAAAAAAGACCGACUAGUUCAGCCUCUUCCAUACCAGGAACAAACACUUCUCAAACACCUACUGCUGCUAGUAAUAAUCAUAGUGUACCUCCUCCUCCGCCAAAACCUUCGGUGGCUCCACCAAAGUCAGUUGUGAUUCAACCUCCUCCUCCAACAGAACCGAUGGCUACACUGCCACCAACGUCGGUACUGCCUCCUCCUUUAGCAAAUCCCAUUCCUAAUGUGAGUGCUAUGAAUAAUCUAUACCCACCUAAUUCAGCGGUUGCGCCACCACCUCCUCCGCCACAAUUAUUCACCGUACCACCUCCUGGAAUACCGAUGAAUCCACCACCUAGUCAUGAUGGAGCUGCUCCUCCAUACCGUUUCAUAUAUGGUAGAUAUUGAAAUGUUUUGUAACUUUGUGCGAUUUUUAUUGUAUGUAUGUAUUAUUACGAAAGGUAUCUAGUAUUGUUUACCGAAGAAAGAUUCAUUUUUCAUUCAAGAAUUUUUCUCUUUAUUGUAUCUAUGUACAUUUUACAACUGCUUUGUUCAGGUGUUAGAUGUUUUGUUUUUUGUAUGUAAAUAAAUUUUUAUAAAUACUCAAUAA